UUGGCGUCCUGCAUCAAAAAGUUAGGUUUACUUGCUCUUAUAAACAAUGCAUGAUUAAUGAAAUGAAUUAUAUAAUCAUGAUGUGAUUAACUUAAUAAUCUCAUAUGCUGGCCGAAGGUCUAUCUAUAUGUAUUUGUUUUGCUCUCCUGUAAAGAAGUGGGAGAAAGGCGGCCAGACAAGGAUUUGUGCCAGAAAACAGGAGCUUAGAGUUGAUUGAUGAUCCAAAAAUAGGCCCAGCCAUGAGAUUAUUGAUUUUAAGGCUUUGUAGAUUUACAGCCAUCACUUUUCGUUCUUGAAGCCACCGCGAAAAGCGCUUCAAUUGGGUCUCCUCCUUCAGCUCCACGCAAUGAAUGACUUCAAUGGUUCGGUCUCUUCUUCUUCUUCUUCCUUCUGAUUUCUGUCUUUUUUCUUCCCUGUUCACGACUGCCAUUAAUUCAAUGAAGCUUCAGGCCAAUGAUCUCCCCAUUUUGAAAAACCAGACCAGGAGAAAAACCCCGAGGAUUGCUCCAUUGGUAGUCUUAGCUUUAUUGCUUCUCGCCAUCAUCCCAAUAUAUUACCCUUUUCUCUGGUAUCAGAGCAAGACCAAUUCCUCUGACACGUCGUCUUCUUCGCGCAUCUCUUUGCUCGCCAAGUCCUCUCCCUCGUCUUUCUGUCACGACGAUUUGUCGCCGGAGAAUGCCCACUGCUCCCCCAAGGACGACAAACCUCAUCAAACAGCCACUGCCGGCCCCGAUGACGAAGAAGAUGAGGAGCCAAAUCCUGAAGUCUUAAGCCACGGCAGCUUGGUCAAAGAAGAUGGCCGUGACUUGGAGAUAACAAAUGCGGAGAAGGAGACGGAGGAGCAGCCGAAGAGUGACGUUGGCCAGGAGGCAGAGGCGGAGGCCGCAGCAGCCACCGGCACAAACGAAGAGGACAAAGGGCCGGAACUACAGGGAAUAGACGACGGAGCAUCGACGUCGAGGAGACGAGACAUAGAUCAGGUUUUGGCACAGGUGACUGAGAGGGAGAAGUGUGACAUAUUUUCAGGCGAAUGGGUGCCCAACCCGGAGGGUCCAUACUACACAAACUUGACAUGCUUUAACAUUCAGGAGCAUCAGAACUGCAUGAAAUUUGGCCGGCCAGACACUCAGUAUCUGAAAUGGAGGUGGAAGCCGGAAGGCUGCGAGCUUCCCAUCUUCGACCCGUUUCAGUUUCUGGAGCUUAUGAGAGGAAAGUCUCUGGCUUUCGUUGGAGAUUCUGUGGCAAGAAACCACAUGCAAUCGUUGAUUUGCCUCUUAUCCAGGGUAGAAGAGCCGGAAGACGUGUCGGAGAUCCCAUACAUAUCGCAGUUCAAGCGUUACGAGUACAGAAACCACAACUUCACCAUCGAAAUGCUGUGGUCGCCUUACCUGGUUCGGACCACCCAGUCGGACCCAAACGACACCUCUCGCCCGUUCAACCUCUUCCUCGACGAGUUCGAUCCCAAAUGGACCGCCAAGAUCGAGCCCUUCGACUACGUCAUCAUCUCCGCCGGCCACUGGUUCUUCCGCCCCACUAUGUUCUUCCUCGAGGGCCGCCUCGCUGGCUGCCUCUACUGCUCCCAGUCCAAAGUCACCCACCUCUCCUCCUACUUCAGCUACCGCCGCGCCUUCCGCACUGCCUUCCGCGCCAUCAACAGCCUUGAAAACUACAAGGGCGUCACCUUUCUCAGGACCUUCGCGCCGUCGCAUUUCGAGAACGGCUACUGGGACAAGGGGGGCGACUGCAUGAGGCAGAGGCCGUUCAAGAGGAAGGAAGCGAAACUGGAGGGGUAUAACAUGGAGUUCUACUCGAUUCAGCUGAAGGAGCUGAAGAUCGCGGAGCGGCUGGGAAGGAGGAAAGGGUUGAGGUUCCGGCUGUUCGACGUGACACAGGCGAUGCUGCUGCGGCCUGACGGGCACCCCAGCAAGUACGGGCAUCGGCCCGAGACGAAGGUGCAGCUGGCGAAUGAUUGCGUGCAUUGGUGCUUGCCGGGGCCGGUGGAUGCCUGGAACGAUUUCUUGGUGGAGCUAUUGAUGAGGGAGGAGCAGAUCAGUUAGGUUGAAUGAGAUAGGUGCUUGAUAUUUUUGAUUCUUUUGGGUGAUGAUUGUUGGGCCAAUUAAGAAGGAAGAAGAAGAAGAAGAAGAAGAAGAAGAAGAAGAAGAAGAAGAAGAAGAAAGGAAUUCGAUAGGUUUUGGAAUUGAAUUUGAUUGAUGAUCUCUUAGAGGUCACUAUGAAAUAAAAAGGUAGAGUCCAAUUGUAAAGAUUUAUUUUGGUUCAUUUAUUUGUAUUUAUUUCUCAUACCCAUAAACAGUGAAUCAUUAUACAUAAUUUUGUUCAUCUUUAAUUUGUCACUUCUUGUUGUUUUUAUCUUUACAAAUUAGGCAGAGAACGUACGUGUUAUAUAUAUGUAGUG